AUGGCUGCAUUUGCUGGCGGCGACAGAGCAUGUGAAGCCCACCUCAUCGACGACGAGGGACACUUGCUUCCGGUGAAGGAUAUCCAGGCGUACCUCUGCACCGCCCUGGGCGCGGCCGACGUGGGCGAUGCGCUGCACCGCGUGGGCAUUAACUAUCAUGUUGUGGGUGUCCUUGGUGGGCAGAGCAGUGGGAAGUCCACGCUGCUGAACUGCCUCUUUCGCACCCGCUUCCAGACGAUGGACGAGACGAAGUGGCGAGGGCAAACAACCAAAGGUGCCUUCAUCGCGCGUGCCGCCUUUGAGGUCCCUGGCGGCGGCGGCGGCGGCGGCGACGGCGAAGCGGACGCGGCUGCACCCGCGACGGUGGCAACAGGGGUGGGCGCGUCAUCGCCCGUUUUCGUGGUAGACUUUGAGGGCACCGACGGGCUUGAGCGUGGGGAGGAUCAGAGCUUCGAGCGGCAGCUUUCUCUCUUUGCCCUCAGCCUCGCAGACACGCUCAUCAUCAACAUGUGGACCGUCGACGUGGGCCGCUUUAACGCCGCCAACAUGAGUCUCCUGCGGACCAUUUUCGAGGUGAAUCUGCAGCUGUUUUCGCACGACAGUUACACGAGAGAAGAAAAGCCGACGCUGCUCAUUGUGUUGCGCGACUUCACGGAGGCAGACACGACGCUCUACUUUAAAACGGUCCGUCAAUCGUUUGACAAAAUAUGGGACAACAUUGUGAAGCCGGAGGCGUUUCAAGACUCCACCAUUGACGUCCUCUUUGAUCUACGCUACCACGUGCUUCCACACUUUAAGCUGCAGCGGGAUGCGUUUGAUCAGGCGGCGGCAAACUUCCGUCAAUGGUUUUACCUGCCAAAGUGCGAGCAGUACUUAUUUCACAGUCACGGCAUGUUUCGUGGCGUCCCGCUCGAUGGAAUUCCGUCGUACCUCACAAGCUGCUGGGAGAUGAUACGAGCAAGCAAAGACCUUGACAUUCCAACGCAACGAGAGAUGCUGGCAAGACACCGUUGUGCGGAGGUGAGGAAUAGUAUUCUCCAGUUCUUUACGGAGACGUGCCGUGGGUACACAGAGUCCUUGCGGCGUGGGGAGCUUGUUUCAAGGCUCACUGAUGCACUAGAGCGCGAGAUCGUCGAACAGCUGUCUGCGUUUCACACCCAAACACGGCUGUACAAGGCAGACAUUGUGCAGAGUGCGGAAGUUGCGCUGGGAGAAGAGCUUCUUAAAGCGGAGCUGAAGGUUCUUGGCGAGUACGCAAAGCACAUCGCAUCGAAGGUGCUUGUGGAGUUGGACACAACUGUGAGUGAGUCUGUUGACAGAACACUGCGAUGGAUGCUGCAGCAGGCGCAGACGAUCCCGAUGCUUGCCGCCAAUAAAGGCGAGGACGGGGAGGGAGAGGGUUACGCGCCCAAUGAGAGGGGAUUUGGAGGGGCGUACCCCAACGAGGCUGUAUUAACGGACAAUGAAAAGUGUCAUGCGCUGGUGUAUGACUUUUGGAGGCGACUGUGUCGCGCUCUGCAGGCGGAAAUGGCGUUGCUCUACCGCAACUCCGACCAUCAACCUCAGGGGCAAGCGCACGUCUCACGCUUUUAUGACCGUUAUGCGUCUUUGAUCGCAGAAGAUCCAGCACUGCAGGAGGGCGUGGGGCACGCUGUGUUCGAUGCCGUAGCUCAGAAAGUCAGCCGCCGUUUUGCCUCGAUGGCUGAAAACGCGGCCGAGACAAUUCAUCAGGCCUUUGAGAAUGCCCUCAACCGUAAAUUGGACGGCACAGUUCGUUUCUUUAAUACAACGAAGGCCCUGCAACGCAGUGAACCUCAGGCGCGCCAAGCGGGGCUCGUGUUGUUAGACUGUCUGCUGUACUACCGCAUGAAGAUUGUGACCGACAGCGCGGCUGCCGCGCAGGAGGGGAGUGAACACCUUGACCGUGUGUCUCGCCUCUUGCUUGACGAGCGUCGAAAGCUGUUGGUGCGGGAAAACAGUGCGGAGCGAAAAUUUUUUCUGCACUAUACAACCAUUUCUGAGUUUCCGCGGUACCCUACAGAAGUUCCUGUGGCAGAACCGGACUCCGCAGUCACACUUGAAGACGCUGUUGAUAGGGACUGUGUGUUACUCAGCCAGCAGGCGGUUCAGCGGGUAUUUGACGUGUAUACGCAAAAGUGUGAGUUCACCAUGCAGGUUCAACUGCGCUCCAUUGAAAGCGAGAAGCAGCAUUUGCCUUUCUGGGUGCUGCCGAUGAUGCUGCUGUUAGGAUGGAAUGAGCUGAUGUAUGUCCUUUCCUCCCCCACCCUGCUCAUCCUCGUCAUUAUUUUUGUCGUGAUAUUCUUCCGGCAGACGCUGGUGUCUCAAUGGGCGAUAUUUGAGGAGACAGCCCCCUCGUCUGUCGUGGUGGCGCUCCACUUUGUGUUCCGACAACUUCAGAAGAUGUACGAUGGCCUCGUUCCAAGGUCCCCGGACGCAGUUGCGAGUCGCACAGCACGGUACCGUGACCCAACCAGUUUGCCUGAUGUGACUGCGUCUGCAGUGGAAACUUCCUCGCCGUCAACUGCCGCUACCGACCCAGCGAUGCUGCCGUCCUUUGCAGCAUCCGCGACUCUCAAGCGGCGAACCAAUAACGAGGAGGCGGGCACCCAGAGAGAUUGA